AUGGCUCAUGACAAUAUAUCUCAGCUCACCAAUGCCUCCUAUGUCAAUACAAUUAGGCUCCCGGCUCCGGGGCCUCUGGCCUGGGCCCCGCCGGACCCGGGGCUGCGGGGAGGCCGGGCCGGGCCGGGAGCGCGCUGUGGACACCCCGGCGCCAGGGCCUUAGUUUCACUUUUUGCUUUUGCUCCACUGCGGAGGGAAGGCAGAUGGGAGUGCCGACAAGAUGGCGGAUGGGGAGCUGAACUAAAGGUGAUGUCUGCAAAAGAUAUGGCUAAAGUAAUGGUUGUCUUAUUCACAAUUUGCUUCCUUGCAAAAUUGGAAGGCAAGCCUGUUAAGAAGAGAUCUGUGAGUGAAAUACAACUUAUGCAUAACCUCGGCAAACAUCUGAACUCAAUGGAGAGAGUGGAGUGGCUGCGUCAGAAGCUGCAGGAUGUGCACAAUUUUAUCGCAUUCAGAGUUCCUAUUGCUUCCAAAGAUGGUGGGUCCCAGAGGCUUCGAAAAAAGGAAGACAACAUCCUAGUUGAUAGUGAUCAAAAAAGUCUUGGAGAGCCAGACAAAGCUGAUGUGGAUGUAUUAAUCAAAGCUAAAUCCCAGUGA